UUAUCACAACUGUUUUUCUAUUCGCCAACUACGUGAAAAGUGAAAGGGAGGGCUUCCUUCAUCUUUAGCCAUUGCAUAGAAAAAAGUUUCAGCAGCGUUCCCAUAUCCAAAAUGGCGGCGAUAUUGGCUUCCUUCCCUUUCACCCUGUGCAAAAUCAAGAUGGCCACCAUCCGGCAAAAGGCCCAACCUUAUACGUCGCCUUAGCCGUCAAUCAAUGUUGUCUCCCUCCCCACCGGGCCAAAGAUGGAGGAAGCGGCGUGGCGCGGGUGUUGAAAGUGACGUCAUCUUUUGACCACGAAUACCGAGCGGAGGCUUGACAGUUGGCUGACCCAGCUUUCCUUUUGGCCACAUGAAGCGUCAGCGUCAGCUCUUAUCUGAUACUUUUAAGGCGAAAAAGCCGCGGCUGCCACUUGGAUUGGAGCCUUUGGAACACGAGGGCCCGAAGGCAGUUGAAUCUGCACUCCAACACUUGGCAUCUCUCUUCCCUCGCAAAUUAUUUGAGGAUUCGUUGCCACCCUUGAUUCUGAAACACCAGAUCUACAGCAUCGUCAAAGACCGCACAACGGUGGACAGGCAACUGAGCCAACUGAAGGAUGAAGGCCAGAUCCGGAUAUUCCAGCAUGGCUUCGACGCAGACACUUUUGUCGUGACGUUCACGGAGAAUUACAAAGACAAGGUACUCGAGUUUGUGUCUGGGAAGGAAUUUGCCAGGACAGUGAAGAAGUUCCUGGAUUCUGUCCUCAGUUCUUGUCCUGACAUCAGUUAUGACAAGAAAAGGAUGUUGGGAGAGUUUGGCUUCACCGACACAGAGAUCACACAGCUAGUGAAUGCUGGGGUGCUGACCGUCCGUGAUGCUGGAAGCUGGUGGCUGGCUGUGCCUGGAGCAGGCCGCUUCAUCAAAUACUUCCUCAAAGGAAGGAAAGCUGUCUUGGGUAUGAUCCAAAAAGCCAAAUACAAGGAGGUUUUGCUGUCUGACCUGCAGAAUCGUCGUGCGCCCAGCGCUGUGAAACUAGGCAUACCUUACCACAUACAUGACAUCAUUGGAGCCCAGCUGGUUGACUGGUACGGGAUUUCUCCCGACCUAUCUUUCCCCUGGUGGCAUCUUUCCAAGCAAUUAGGCAUGUUGGAUCUCUGCUUUAUUGGUUACAACCCAGCAAAAGAAACACAGGUGGAAAGAGCAAUGGGGAUGGGAUAUGCUGGAUGCCAAAAAGAAUGAGAGGAGCCAUGGAUCUUCAUACAAAAUGAGUAGCAUUAACUAAGAAGUUUAAGAAAGAAUGCCCAUACUGUGGCAUGUAUACAGAUUUAAAAUGUUACAUGCAGAAUGGGAAAUACCCCAAAGCUAGGAAGAUUAUGUUCCCCCCC